GAGGAGGAGGGCCCACAGCUAUUGUUCAUGUCCUCCCGUGAACAAAGGGCUCAUCGGGGUCCGUAUGUAAACCCACAGCAGGCUUCAGCCCACUGACAAGGCCUCAUGCGGGACAAAACAUAACCGAGCUGCUCCGUGAUCCAGGCCCUGUUCCGUCCCGGUGUUGAAUCGAUCCGCUUCCGAGGAGCGACGUGUCGGCGCGUCGCGUCCAGCCAACCGCCGUCCAGCGGCCUCUCCGUCUUUACGCACGGAGCGUACACACGGUCCAUCACCACGGAUCUGUAAACAGCCAUUCUUUUCUGACCGGACUUCUUCGCAGGCUGUUCCUCCAAGUCGUUCAAGCUGUACUCCCCCAAGGAGCCCCCCAACGGUAGCACUUUCCCCCCCUUCCACCCCGGCACCAUGCUGGACAGAGACGUGGGUCCCACCCCAAUGUAUCCUCCCACAUACCUGGAGCCAGGAAUGGGGAGGCACACGCCAUAUGGCAACCAGACAGACUACAGAAUAUUUGAACUUAACAAACGGCUACAGAACUGGACAGAGGAGUGUGAUAACCUGUGGUGGGACGCCUUCACUACAGAGUUCUUUGAAGAUGACGCCAUGUUGACCAUUACUUUCUGUCUGGAGGAUGGACCCAAACGUUAUACAAUUGGCCGGACGUUGAUUCCCCGGUACUUCCGGAGUAUAUUUGAGGGCGGUGCCACUGAACUCUACUACGUGCUGAAACAUCCCAAGGAAUCCUUCCACAAUAACUUUGUCUCCCUCGACUGUGACCAGUGCACCAUGGUCACUCAGAAUGGAAAGCCCAUGUUCACACAGGUGUGUGUAGAAGGGCGCUUGUAUCUGGAGUUCAUGUUUGACGACAUGAUGAGGAUAAAGACGUGGCACUUCAGCAUCAGACAACACCGUGAACUCAUCCCCCGCAGUAUACUGGCCAUGCAUGCCCAGGACCCACAGAUGCUGGACCAGCUGUCCAAAAAUAUAACAAGAUGUGGCCUGUCGAACUCCACCCUUAACUACCUCCGACUGUGUGUGAUCCUUGAGCCCAUGCAGGAGCUGAUGUCCAGACACAAGACAUACAGCCUCAGCCCCAGAGACUGCCUCAAGACUUGCCUCUUCCAGAAGUGGCAGAGGAUGGUAGCACCACCCGCUGAGCCAUCGAGACAGGCCCCUAACAAACGGCGGAAGCGCAAGAUGUCAGGGGGCAGCACCAUCAGCGGAGGAGGAGGAACUAAUAACAACAACAACAACAAAAAGAAGAGCCCUGGCAGUGGCUUCCCUCUAUCCAGCCAAGUCCCAAAACUACACAAUGAAGACAAAGGCACAGAUGUGAUGGUGGUGGGAGAGCCCACUCUGAUGGGAGGGGAGUUCGGGGAUGAGGACGAGCGUCUGAUCACGCGGCUGGAGAACACGCAGUUCGACGCGGCCAACGGCAUCGACGACGAGGACAGCUUCAACAACUCCCCGGCGCUGGGCUCCAACUCGCCCUGGAACAACAAGGCCCCGUCCAGCCAGGAGAGCAAGAGCGACAACCCCACCUCACAGGCAUCGCAGUAGAGCCCCAGAGCGCCGUAACCUCAACACAAGCCCUUGUCUGUCACUCCUCGGCCCCCACCCCACCCGAACCCCUAAACAGCCACGAGUGCAACAGCAACAGUCCAUCGUCUGCUCACCAACCGAGACAUCACUGUAGAGCUCAGAUUCAACACACACACACACUAACACACACACAGGUAGCCCGAGGGAGCUCGUUCUGUCCUCCUGUGCCAGAGGAAGUUUUACAAGUUUUUAAUAUUUAGGCACCGUGUCCCACCUCCAUCUCCCAUUCCUCAUCUCAUACACAAAACGUCCCAUCUGCUCUUGCUUAUUUUCAGUUUGGACAGUGACCUGGUUAGAUGUGACCAAGCAGGAGUGGCGGUUAAAUCCAGGGAAGAACUGUGCACACUGACCUCUCCACGCUGAAGUUUUACACACAGGAAGGGGCGGGGGUACAGGGGAUUCAGGGCAGUGGGGCUUGGCGAUGGCGGCGAGUUGCUUCGGGAUGACUUGUCCGACCCGUUUCUCUAAACAUGUCUCUCAGUUCUGGUCCGCUCUGUUGACGCGCAUGUCACUCGUACUGUUUGUUAAUAGAGUAUAAGUGUGUAUGCGAAUGUGUGUGAGUGUACGCGUGAGGAGAGAAAAGAGGCAGUGUGAGCUUCUUUGUGGCUUUUGCUAAAAGCAGAUGGACCAGAAUUUAGAAUCCGUCUCUAAAACCAUUGACAUUCACACACGAGUAGGACACCUUCGAUGUGGCACGAGGGAAACAUUGCAUACACACACACACACGCCCAACUAAACAUGACAAUUGAAGGAUUUUGUCCCGCAGUGCCCAAGCCAUCUCUGACUAGACUACAGUAAAUGCAGUCUUUCAAACAGAACAUUUACAACACACGCGCAUACACACGCACACAGACACACACAGUUACACAUUUUAAGAGUUUUUAUACAGUAUAUAUUUCCCUAGAAUGUUUUUUAAUUUGUAUUAAACGCCUUCAUUUCAAUUGUUACUUUUUUAUUUUCUACCAAUACUGAAAAGCUACAGACCAAGGAGCAACACAGGACUUUUAUCCCUCCCCCCUAAAAUAUAUUGUUUUUAUCUUUUAUGUUUAUAAAAGAGAAAUAAUUUAGCGUGGAUGUUUUUAUUUUGUCUUCUGUUCCGUUUUUGGAGAUUUGAAUUUUUGUGUAUUUGUGCUUGUAUAUUUAAGGUAGUAGCAAAGUUCUGUCUGACUGUAAUAAAAUGUAUUCUUACUUAGAUUUACCUAAAGCCAUCCCGAUCUAAUGUAAAGAAAACAAAAAUAGGAAAAAGGAGAAAAAACACUCAUGAACCUGUCCCCUCUAUCUUCCAUCUGCUCUCUUUCCUCCUCCCUCUUUUUUAAAACUUAUGUAAAUUAAAUUACAAAAAUCCCCAGGGGGUACAGUGGCGCCAUGAAGAGACGGUUUUACCGUUUCCGCUGAUUUUUUUUCUUUCUUUUUCUAAUUUAUUUUGGCAGAAAUUCAUUCAUGCUUUUAGUCUAUACAGGAAGUGAUUUUUCACUUUCUGAUCAUCCCAGUUCGCAUUACUGAUGUCAAGUAAACGUGCUCAUUUAACCAGUUGAUUUCAUGUUUUGUCACUGGCUGAAACAGAGAUUUUUAUUUAAUUUAAUAUUUGUCUAAAUCAUCUUCAUUUCUGUGAAUUCUCAUAAGCAACUGUUUGAAACCAUCAAUCAUACACAUCUUCUAAAACCAGCUUAACAUUAAGUUCAGCUGGCAGCAAUUAGGUAGCAAAUCUGUAAAGUCUGACUAAAUACAGCUGAAGCUCUAUUAUUUUUGUACAUUUCCAUUUUGUUACAGUUGAUUCCAGCAACGGCUCUGAUUGAGUUUGAAUGGUGACUUGUACCUUCUCCAAACCCUGUAGAAAAAAUCAUUGUUUGAUAUAUAUUUUUUGAUUUGGUUAGUUUCUGCCCUUGAUAAUUAAUGUAUGGUACAAAUAAAAAGAUACAUUUUCACUUUAAAA